AAGAGAGGCCCACGGACAGAAGCAGAAAUGCGGGAACCCUAAAAGGAAGGGGAAGCCGGAGCCCCCAUCCCAAUCUCGAUUCGCCACUCCCAUCCCCGCCGGCCGCCGCUGGCCCCUUUCCCCUUCUCCGACCGGACCGCGCUCCUCAGGUUUUCGUGAUUUCAUCUUUGCAUUUGAAGGUCUGAACACUCUUUGAUAGAUCCAUCGCAGGGCAGGGCAGGACGCGCAAUCCACUGCGGUCGCAUCUGUUUGCUGGAGACCCAAACUUUUAGGCGUCGAGACUCCAUCCCAGUCUGACUUCCUGCUCCGACCGCGCGCCUCAAGGAAGCUUUAUCUCGGCUCGGCUGGCUACAUCUUCUGUUUGCUGCUGCUGCUUAUUGGAGCUGGAACUUGGGAGUUGCUGAUCGACUCUGAAGAUGGGCCUGUCGCGUCGGGCUAAGAAUCUCAUCGUCGACGUCCCCUUCCAAGGCGCCAAAUGGCUACGCUGCGUCGAUCUGGCAGGCCAGCUGUUCGGUAACACCGCUACACCACCACCACCAACAACAAUCGCACAUGGAUCAGAGUCAGCAGCUGUGCAAGAAGACUACACCUCUCAGACACUGGUGUCCGACUCCUGUAAUCCCAAGAAGAAGGCAGCAGGCUUAAAGAUGGAGAGGAUUCGGCUUCCCAGACCCAUCCUCAAGUUCCGACCUGCUCUAAACGAGGCAUGUAGGAUUGAUUGCUUCCCUUUUGUGGAUCACAAGAUGUUCUGGGUGGAUCACUUGGGGCGCCCUUUCCUCUUUGAAGCAGAGACACGGCUGAUGGACAUGUUGCCCUGUCUCCACAAGCCCAAGUCGAUGCCCUUUUCUGUGUUUGUACCCAACGCCGAUGCUGACAAUGACUAUGAACACCACCGCCCUGGCAGCAGUCUUUUUGUUAUGGAGAGGAUUCCCAAGCCAGAGGUCAACUCAAGCACACAGUGGAGCGAUCAGUUUGAGGCCUUUGUCUACUGCAAGCACAAGCGGACAUCGACCAACUUCUCCAAGACCUGGCAGUGGCAACUCCUCCCGCCGCCGCCGUACGUUCGUGAACCUAAGUACUGGCACAGCUGCAGCCGCCCAGAGAUCAGCUCCUACACAUCGCUCACCGUCAAUGGUGACCCCCACAUUUGCAUCUCCAUCGAUGGUGUUGGCACCUACUGCCUGAACACGGCAAGCCACACAUGGAUAAAAGUCGGUAAUUGGACCCUACCCUUCCAUGGCAGGGUUGAGUAUGUGCCUGAGUUCAACCUCUGGUUUGGCUUCAGCUCCGAUGAGUCACCGCACUACUUGGCUGCUUCUAACCUCUCUGCCAUGGACUCCCAGCCACAGUUAGUGGGUCGUUGGGAGGAGCUUUACCUGCCAGAGGAUUUGAAGGAAUGCAAAAACCCUCAACUUGUCAACCUCGGCUCUGGCAGGUUCUGCAUCACAAGGUUCUUCCACUCUAGGAGUCACAACAGUGACUCUCGGGGUGAUGUUGACCAGAAUGUUGCUGUCUUUACCGGUGUGGAGGUGAAGCCAUGUUUCCAGGAUGCCAAUGGCGGCAGUGGGAAAGUGGAACUCCAAAUGAUCCCACACAAAUCAUUAUUUCACAAGUCUAAUCACACUACCAUCGAUGCUGUGUUCUGAACAUUUUUGACGCACUAUUUUGAAAACUCCCUGUUUUAUUGCUAUAAUUUUGGUUGUUACUUCUGGGUCUGAAAAAUAUAUAAUUUUGGUCGUUGGCAGUGUAGGAGGUAACUCAGCGUCUUCGUCUAAUAUGUAGUGUAGUGUUGUAUCCGAAGUUAUGUCGCCUUCUCUUGGGCUUAUUUGGAGAGCUACUCCUUGUUUACAUUAAGCAGCAUCGUAAACUGUUAAGCGAUCUAUUUUUUAAGAAAACUUUAUAUUUAGAAAUUUCUUUAAAUAAUCAAAUAGAUCUCAUUUUCAUC